GGGCGCUCUUUCGGAAAACUGGGUCACCAAUAGUGCCAACCAGAAUGCAACCUUCUGCGCAAUAGUGGUGGUUGGCCUCUUUGUUACCUGCUACCUGGAAACAAAAGUCCUAAGUUUCGUUGGCCUUGUGACCACGAUAGUCUUCUACGGCCACUUCUUCCUCACCAUAGACCGCAACAUAUUGGUCUCGAGUAUGCUCUACAUAGCCUGUCUUAUGUACAGCUACUUGCACUUGAAAGCUACCAUUAAACCGUACGGAGGCCAACUGUCACUUUUCGCUCUGGUGGUUUGUUUCCUUGCCGGCCUCUUCGUAUGGCCUAUAGCCGGCUCCUGGUGGUCAUCUGAAUGUAAAGCGGCGGCGCUCAGAGAUCGACUCCUUUUCGAAUUAUUGCCCUUCUAUAUUAGUAUCUCGACUUUGAUCGUCUGUUGGCUCACCAACGUUCUGAAAGGGACAGCGGGGAUCAACCAACAGGCUAUGGCGAGACUUCCUGUCGCCAUCCCAGAUCGUCGACCCGAACAAAACUUUCAGCGCCUUGGGCAAGACUUCGCCCCUUGAGAUGUGAGAAGGUCACCAUCUUUGGCCUCACGAACCAGCUACUACUGAUCACGAUUAAUCGUGAUAAUCAUUGUGAAACUUACAUGUGACGAUACCAACCAGGGAAUGCUCGAAUUCGGCGUUUUGAUUCAUUUGACCUGUCACUUCCAGGAGUCUAGG